CUGUUAUCUUCAUUUACUACUUGCCAUAUACGUAAGGUCGCUCGGGGUUCAGUUAUGGAGGCGCACUCUCUUGCUAUAGCUGCUAGGCGUAGGGAUUUACUUUUUCAUAUCUUUUAGUUUUCUUUUGUUGUUCCCUUUGUCAAAAAAAAAAAAAAAAAUACUAGUCCCUCGAAAAUCAAAUUCCAAAAAAAAACCUUGUACUCUUGGAAAGUACGUUUUCUAGCCAAGACCAGACCAAAGCAGGAAAGCCAAGACGUGAAAGUGAAAUUGGUGCACCAACUCAAAGAGCUUCGCAUUAAUCGCAACAAUGGACUCCAUUACCCAAAACCCAUCAACUCAAACCGAUGAUGCUGAUGAAGAUCCACUUCUUAAAGCUUCAAUGGCGACUCUUAAUCUUUACAAAAUUAGGGACACUUUUUACCCCAAAAACCCAGAUGACAAAAUUUCCAAAUUGCAGCAGGAUUCUCAGUAUUGUCUCAACUUGCUUGAUUCUAUACCACCUGAGUUCAGGAAAUCUGCAAUUCAGCGUGCAACUUAUGAACAUUUGAAAGGAAAAGUAUUGGACGUUUUUCCAGACUACAGGAAGGAGGCUGAAGAUCAUCUUUCAAAAGCAGUUAAGUUGAACCCAUCUCUCACAGAUGCCUGGCUAUCCCUAGGGAAUUGCUUUUGGAAGAAAGGAGAAUUAGUAUCAGCGAAAAACUGUUUUCAUCGUGCAUUAAGUAAGGGUCCAGACAAAAAUGUAUUAUGUCAGUUGUCGAUGCUGGAAAGGAAAAUGGCUCAAGAUAGUGACAACAAAGCAGAGCUUGUUGAUGAGAGUAUCCGGCAUGCUAAGGAAGCUAUAGCUUUGGACGUGGCUGAUGGAAAUUCCUGGUAUAAUCUUGGGAAUGCAUGUCUUACAAGCUUUUUUGCAUCGGGAGCCUGGGAUCAUUCAAAACUUUGUCAAUCGUUAAAAGCAUACCAAAAUGCCGAGAAAGAUGAAAUGAUGAAGGGCAAUCCAGAUCUGUAUUUCAACUGUGCCACAGUGAACAAGUAUCUCGAGAACUACGACAAGGCACUGAAUGGAUUUGAAGCAGCUUGUAAAAUUGACCCUGCUCUAAAUGCUUCUGGAGAAAUCCAGAAAAUGGUCGGUCUCCUUGACAAAUUGGAGAGCUUACUAAAGGGACAUAUUAAAGCUAAGCGUCUGGCUUCUCUUGUGUCCUCUCUAGUUCCUGUUGAAGCAAAUCUGUCAUACAAAAAGGCCACUAUAGAUCUUCUGUUUGAAGGUCUGAACAAGUCAACAGCAGUUACUGGCAAAGUGCUUUUCUAUGUUAAACACGAUAAUGUUGCACCACUAUAUUAUGUAGCAUGUGAUUCGAAUCAGAUGUGUUUUGUCCUUUCAGUGUAUGGGAUACAGGACAAUGUGAUCAGGGAGGGAGAUCAAAUAACGUUGCUGGAACCUUGGUUCAAGAAUGUCAAUUUUUCUUGGAAAGGAAAACAUUAUUCGUUUAAGUCUAUUCGCGCUGAUUUCAAAGAGCAAGUGAUGGUGAAUGGUAAAGCACUGUCAGCAAAUCAAGCAAUAAGUACAUCAUUCUAUGCACAGCAUAAGCCCACUUAACCUCACCAGGUCGUUGCGAUUUUGAGUAUAUAUCUGCAACUACAUGAGAAGGGGUGCAUUAUAGCUCUCUUAGUGACUUGUAAUUUUGUACAUUGUGUAAACUAGCCAAAAUCAUUUAGCAUAAUCCAAAUAUAGGUUUACUCCAGCGUUUCCCUGUGGUUAUUGUUUUCAUUUUAUGUGUUCAUAUUCUAAUUGGACAUUUGUAUAAAGUUUUGAUGUGCUCUGUGUGAUAAAGUGAAGACAUAUGAAUGAAUAGAUGAAAUAUGACAAUUAAUUAAUUGAUGC